UUAAUGGAGGUCAUUGCAAGCUUCAGUGUUGUAGCAUCGGCUGCUGCUACUGAAGCCACAACACUGAGCAUCGUAGCUUUGGCACUAGCAAGUGUAGUCGGUGGGAUCUUCGCCAUCGGGCACAAUCUUUGGGACCUUAGAGACGAUUGCUACAAAGGGAACUCGAGCCAAGAAUCGAAACAAGAAGCUACUAAUAAAUACAAGGAGCUACUCGGCCGGGUAAACAAUUUCCCAAUCCAUGCGGUUUUCGUAAUACUAUCCUUCGUCGUAUUCGGGAUGGUCCCACCAGUGGCCUAUGGGUUCUCAUAUCGUGAGACCAACGAUAAGGACUACACGAUCAUAGCUGUUGCAAUCGUGUCUCUAUUAUGUGUGUCGUUGCUAGCAAUAUUCAAGGCUUAUAUCACCAUGUGUAAGGGGUUUUUCGAGUACGUUAAAACCGUGGUGUACUACGUUACUACUACAGUGUCGGUUUCAGGUGUUUCUUAUGUGGUAGGGAUUCUGGUUUCGAGGUUGAUCGAGGAGCUCGGGUUGUUUGACGUGAGUUCGGGUGUUGCUACGACCCUCCUCCCACAUGCCACCACCCCGUCUUUGGCAUCUUUCUAGUGUUUUACGAGUAUUUGUAUCGUUUUCAGCUCUUCUUUUGCUUGUUGUUUUUGCACAAACUCGUGUUGAUUUUGAAGUUGAAAAAUGUAAAAUGCACAAAUCGAAUAAUGCUCGAUGAACCGAUGUAACAAAGUUUCAUAUUU